AUGGCAACUUUAACCAACGGGCAGGUGGACGGCUCGCUGCACGGUGUCGGAGUCGGUGUGGUCUCCGCCAACACGAACGGGCUCGUGAACGGAUUAAGCCACAGCCACAGCCCGGCGGGCUGUCCGGCCACCAUCCCCAUGAAGGACCACGAUGCCAUCAAACUCUUCAUCGGUCAGAUCCCCCGCAACCUGGACGAGAAGGACCUGCGGCCCCUCUUCGAGGAGUUCGGCAAGAUCUACGAGCUCACCGUGCUCAAGGACCGAUUCACGGGCAUGCACAAAGGCUGUGCCUUCCUCACCUACUGUGCCAGAGAGUCGGCCCUGAAAGCCCAGAAUGCAUUGCACGAGCAGAAGACCCUGCCAGGGAUGAACAGACCGAUCCAGGUGAAGCCAGCAGACAGUGAGAGCAGAGGAGAAGACAGAAAGCUCUUUGUGGGCAUGCUCAACAAGCAGCAGUCAGAGGACGACGUGCGGCGCCUGUUCGAGGCCUUCGGCGGCAUCGAGGAAUGCACCAUCCUCAGAGGUCCCGACGGAAACAGCAAAGGUUGUGCGUUUGUAAAAUACUCCUCUCACGCCGAAGCUCAGGCAGCCAUCAGUGCGCUACACGGGAGCCAGACAAUGCCUGGGGCCUCAUCCAGCCUGGUGGUAAAGUUCGCCGACACGGAUAAGGAGCGCACCAUUCGCCGCAUGCAGCAGAUGGCUGGUCAGAUGGGCAUCUUCAACCCUAUGGCCCUGCAGUUUGGAGCCUACGGAGCCUACGCUCAGGUGCAGCAGCAGGCAGCAUUGAUGGCGACUGUAGGCCAGGGAGGCUACCUCAGUCCAAUGGCAGCCUUCGCUGCUGCUCAGAUGCAGCACAUGGCGACCAUGAAUGGCCUCCCAGGAGGACCGAUGACCCCCACGUCAGGUGGCAGCACUCCUCCAGGCAUCAGCGCCCCCACAGUGACCAGCAUUUCCUCCCCCAUUAGUGUAAAUGGUUUUACUGGCAUGCCACCCCCGCAGGCCAACGGGCAGCCCCCUGCAGAGGCUGUCUUCACCAAUGGGAUACACCAUUACCCCGUGUUGCAGGAGAUGGUUUUUAGGGAGGACUCGGAGAAAAACGGCUUGGGCGUGGCUCCGCGAAGUUGUUUUGGGGUUCAGGGUGGCUGCUUCCUCUCCUCUCUCUCUGAAGCUCAAAGUCCCACUGCAGCUGAUCCUCUCCAGCAGGCUUACACAGGAGUCCAGCAGUAUGCAGCCUACCCCGCUGCAUAUGGCCAGAUCAGCCAAGCCUUCCCCCACCCUCCACCCAUCAUUCCACAGCAGCAACGAGAAGGACCAGAGGGUUGCAACCUGUUCAUCUACCACCUCCCUCAGGAGUUUGGGGAUGGAGAGCUGAUGCAGAUGUUCCUGCCUUUCGGUAAUGUCAUCUCCUCCAAAGUGUUUGUGGAUCGGGCGACAAACCAAAGUAAAUGCUUUGGGUUCGUGAGCUUCGACAACCCAGGUAGUGCCCAAGCUGCCAUCCAGUCCAUGAACGGCUUCCAGAUCGGCAUGAAAAGGCUCAAGGUGCAGCUGAAGAGGCCAAAGGAUGCCAACCGCCCCUACUAG